GGCUGGCGGCCCGGGGCGCGCGGCGCGUUCGUUCCCUCGCGGCGGCGGCGCGUGGCGGCUCUCGCGUGAGCUGCGCGGCCGGAGCGGCGGCUGGGGACGGCGGGGCCCGCGGCGGCGAGGCGAGGCGGGGGCGGGGGGCGGGCGCCAUGUGGAGCGGCCGCAGUUCCUUCACCAGCCUGGUGGUAGGCGUGUUCGUGGUGUACGUGGUGCACACCUGCUGGGUCAUGUACGGCAUCGUCUACACCCGCCCGUGCGCCGGCCACGGCAACUGCAUCCUGCCCUACCUGGCGCGGAGGCCCAAGCUGCAGCUAAGUGUGUACACUACCACCCGGUCUAACCUCGGUGGGGAGAACAACGUGGAUCUGGUCUUGAACGUGGAGGACUUUGACGUGGAGUCCAAAUUUGAAAGGACAGUUAAUGUCUCUGUACCAAAGAAAACCAGGAACAACGGCACGCUGUAUGCCUACAUCUUCCUCCAUCAUGCGGGCGUGCUGCCAUGGCACGACGGGAAGCAGGUGCACCUGGUGAGCCCUCUGACCACCUACAUGGUCCCCAAGCCGGAAGAGGUCAAUCUGCUCACGGGGGAGUCGGCUACACAGCAGCAGAUCGAAGCGGAGAAGAAGCCGACAAGUGCCCUGGACGAGCCCGUUUCUCACUGGAGACCAAGACUAACACUGAACGUGAUGGUGGACGACUUCAUCUUCGAUGGGUCCUCCCUGCCCGCUGACGUGCAUCGGUACAUGAAGAUGAUCCAGCUGGGGAAGACCGUGCACUACCUGCCCAUCCUGUUCAUCGACCAGCUCAGCAAUCGGGUGAAGGACCUCAUGGUCAUAAACCGCUCCACCACCGAGCUGCCUCUCACCGUGUCCUACGACAAGAUCUCGCUAGGGCGGCUGCGCUUCUGGAUCCACAUGCAGGAUGCCGUGUUUUCCCUGCAGCAGUUCGGAUUUUCAGAGAAAGAUGCCGAUGAAGUGAAAGGGAUUUUCGUUGAUACCAACUUGUAUUUCUUAGCGUUGACCUUCUUUGUUGCAGCAUUUCAUCUGCUUUUUGAUUUCCUGGCGUUUAAAAACGACAUCAGCUUCUGGAAGAAAAAGAAGAGCAUGAUUGGAAUGUCCACCAAAGCAGUGCUCUGGCGCUGCUUCAGCACGGUGGUCAUCUUCCUGUUCCUGCUGGACGAGCAGACGAGCCUGCUGGUGCUGGUCCCAGCGGGCAUCGGAGCCGCCAUCGAGCUGUGGAAAGUGAAAAAGGCGUUGAAGAUGACUGUUGUUUGGAGAGGCCUAAGGCCCCAGUUCCAGUUCGGCUCUUACAGUGAAUCUGAGAGGAAGACUGAGGAGUAUGACACCCAGGCCAUGAAGUACCUCUCAUACCUGCUCUACCCUCUGUGUAUCGGGGGCGCCAUCUAUUCGCUGCUGAACAUCAAGUACAAGAGCUGGUAUUCCUGGUUGAUCAACAGCUUCGUCAACGGGGUGUACGCGUUUGGCUUCCUCUUCAUGCUGCCCCAGCUCUUCGUGAACUACAAGAUGAAGUCAGUGGCGCACCUGCCCUGGAAGGCCUUCACCUACAAGGCAUUCAACACCUUCAUAGACGACGUCUUCGCCUUCAUCAUCACCAUGCCCACCUCCCACCGGCUGGCGUGUUUCCGGGACGACGUAGUGUUCCUUGUUUACCUCUACCAGCGGUGGCUUUAUCCUGUGGAUAAGAGCAGAGUGAACGAAUUCGGGGAGUCCUACGAGGAGAAGCCCCAGCGGAAACCCCACACAGACUGAGCCCCCCGCUGGGGCCGCUUUCAGCUGCCGCCACACAGCAAAGCUUGGACUGUCGGCUACUGAGUGUUUUUGGACGCUUCUGGUGGAAUUCCCUGGACAUUACAUCUUCUGCAUUGCCAAAAUCUGAACGUUUCCCUUACGUCUCCUGAGCCCCCUUACGUUGUGUUGAGAGGAGCUGGCAGCACUCACGACGUGCCCCCGACGUGCAGACAUCAGUCUCGGUCACUGGGCUGCUGGGUGCUCGGUGCAGGGGCCUCACCCAGUGUCCCUACCCGCAGACACCGAGGCAGGGAGGUGCAGAUCUGCAUUUCAGGGUGUCUGUAAGUGCUCCGUACGUGAUUCAAAUGCCUCUUUACACCCAUUCCCCGUAGACUCUGGGAUCAAAUGGCUUUUAUCCUUUUUGUUUAAAUUUGACUAUUUUAAAGCUUAAUGUAUGUAUGUUUCUAUUUUAAAAUAAAUUUCUCUGGCUGGAACAUUU